AUAAAUAUAGCAUUUGACCCCUUAACUGACCCAUUAGAAGAACAGUCAUAUGACCCAUUAAAAGAACAGUCAAAUGACCCAUUAGAAGAACAGUCAUAUGACCCAUUAGAAGAACAGUCAUAUGACCCAUUAGAAGAACAGUCAAAUAACCCAUUAGAAGAACAGUCAAAUAACCCAUUAGAAGAACAGUCAAAUGACCCAUUAGAAGAACAGUCAUAUGACCCAUUAGAAGAACAGUCAUAUGACCCAUUAGAAGAACAGUCAUAUGACCCAUUAGAAGAACAGUCAAAUGACCCAUUAGAAGAACAGUCAAAUGACCCAUUAGAAGAACAGUCAAAUGACCCAUUAGAAGAACAGUCAUAUGACCCAUUAGAAGAACAGUCAUUUGUUUAA